AUGGCUGAAGAACAGGUUGAAAAGAACGAAGAAGAUAUGGUAAUACAUUCAUCUUCACCGACUGCGACUUCCAUGGAAUCAUCGAAGACAAUCUUCACGAGUGAAGUCUGGGAUAUGAAUUUCAAAGCUGUGAAUAUUCGUAAAGAAGACAUGAACAGACUCGUGAUGAAUUUCCUUGUGGCUGAAGGACAUCAAGAAGCCGCUGAGAAAUUCCUAAAGGAAUCUGGAACUACGCCAGAAGUCGAUCUUGCGAGCAUCACUGACCGAAUGGCUGUUAUCAAAGCUAUACAAUGCGGAAAUGUCGAGGAAGCUGCUGAAAAAUUGAAUGCUUUAAACCCUGAGAUACUGAAGACAAGUUUUCUUCUCCAACAGCAAAGGUUGAUAGAAAUAAUCCGAGAAGGGAAGAUAAGCGAGGCCAUAGCGUUUGCUAAGGAUAACCUUGCACCAUUUGCUGAAGAGAGCAACGCGUAUCUACUAGAAGUGGAAGAUACUAUAGCUCUACUCGCUUUCGAGGAUCACCUUAACUGCCCGCGUAAAGAGCUCCUUGACAAAUCACAGAGGUUUAACACAGCUAGCGAAGUGAAUGCAGCAAUGUUUACAAGCCAGACUGAUGAAAAAGGUCCCAAACUUGAUAGCUUGUUGAAGAUGCUGGUAUGGACUCAAGAUCAACUGGAUGAAAUAGCAGUGUAUCCACGCAUGAGUGAUUUGUCCACUGGCCAACUCAUAGACCCACCAAAAUGA